CAUGACCAAGCCUCUAUUUGUUGUGACUUACGAUAUAACGGCUCAUUGGCAUCAUUUUCGCAUAUAUUUGAACCACUCAACAAAAUAUGAAAAUCGAUGGCUAAAUAAUUUGUUUGAGUAAUUCAACAAAAUGUGAUAAUCGAUAGCUGAAAUAUUACAAUCACUGAUCUCUAUCCUGAACUGGAUUGAGCAUUGAAUCUUUCACGUGAAGUCACCGGAAGUUGUAAAGUGGCCAUCUUGUUGGUCCCUUGUUGUACUUACAGUUGUUAAGACGUAUUGUGGAGUUUAACUUAUACUUAAUGUAAAAAUGCCAAUGUGUGUGGCAUGGAACUGUAACAAUAGACCAAGAGCUGGCCCUGUGUCGUUUCACUGUUUUCCCUGGAGACAACCUGAACUAUUGAAAAAAUGGAUUGCAAAUAUUCGGAGAGACAAAUGGUAUCCUACAAAAGCCUCCAGGUUGUGCUCUGUUCAUUUUGAAGAAAAAUAUUUUGAUAGAACAGGACAGAAUGUUCGUCUAAGAGAUAAUUCUUUGCCAACUGUAUUUUCGUUUCCUGAGCAUCUACAAAAGAAGCAAAAAAAAAUUCAUGUGAAAACUGUGAAAGACAAGAAAAUUACCAAUACACAGAGAGUGUACAAAAAUGGAAAGAAAAUUACUAUGUCAAACAAAGAAGAAAGAAUUUCAUCUGAAAGACACAAGAUGUAUCACUACAAUGAAGGAGAGAGAGAGACAAAUAAUACUACACACAGAAAACAGUUAGUGAAGUGACCAAUCUAUCCAUACUGCAGGAACAAAGCUGAAAUAUAUGGCAGAGUUCUUCAUUUCCACACUGAACUAUCAUCUUGAAGAUUUUGAAAAUUUUGUUUACAGUUCAUUGGAGUGGCUUGAUCCCCAGUUUUACAUUCUUUGAUGAGCUAAGGGGAAGAGUAACUUGGUGCUCUUUAUAAGCAUUUUAAAGUUCCCCUCAAUGACUCAGUCUUUGAUAAAUUCAUGGUAGAAAAGGAGUGGAAGCAAGUCAGAUAAUUUAUUUCCUCACAUUAUUUUAAACCUAGAAUCCAAUUAAUGACAUCUGUGAUUUGGCAAAAUAUCAUGAAAUACCAAUGAAAUGAAUAUCUAAUUGUCUCUAAUCUGGUUUCUUUCACCGUCAACUUGUCUGGUUAAAAUUCAUCUUUUGAAAGGGUAUUCUUAGUUCUUACAACUGUAUUAUCAGAUCAUCAACUUUUGCUGUUUUGUUCAAAUUAAACUGUUUCUGUAAACAUGUUUACUGCUAGCUAUUAAACUCAUUAGUAAGAGUAAGAACUUUCAUAGAAUCAGUUUCAGAGUAAAAUGUUUUUUGUCAGUAAAUUAUACUAAAUCAAUUUUCAGGGGUUUUGUUUUCAGCUUUAAGGGCAAAUGCUGUUUUAGAAUCAGUUUCAAAGUAAAAUGAUAUCUAUCUAUAAAAAAGUACUAAAUGUACUUUAAACAAUUUUGUUUACUGCUAUAGAGUUGAGCAUUACCUUACAAUCAGUUGCACAGUAAAAUAACUUCUUGCCAAUAAAUGUUAUUAAUUUUUUUUA